AUGUUUGCACCUAUUCGGGGCGCUUGGAUAUCCUCAAUCCAUCCCCGUCUACAUCCCCGUCUCUUGCCUCUCCGCUCAUAUUCCACUAGCGACAGGACCUCAGACCGCGUCCCCACCAACGACCCUUCACCACCAAAGCCCGUCCAAAACGUCUCCGACUCGAACGCCGUGCCAAUCUCACCUCAGGGUCUACGUGAUUCGGACCGCCCGUUGCAGGAGAUGCCGGAGGACAGCGAACGGCAGCGGGUGAUGCAGGCGCCGAACAGGAAAGACGUGUGGAGCAGGAGUCAGCAGCCAAGGGAGAGGGCGAUGAGCGGUCCGAGGUUUGAACAGACGAUCAUGGAGUAUCAACCCCAACCGGAAGCAGCCAUCAGUCUCAUUCACAAGCAGCCCGUAAGAUGGACCAAGACAAGGACUGUGUCCUGUGAUGGAGGUGGAGGGCCAUUGGGACAUCCGAGGAUUUUCAUUAACGUGGACAAGCCUCAGAUCUGCUGGUGUAGUUACUGUGGCCUGCCCUUCGCACAUGAGCAUCACCGGAAGCUUCUUCAGAGUUUACCAUCUACAACUUAUCCGCUGGAACCUGUGGGACAUCCAGCAGAGGUGCCGGAGUCGCAAAGGGUCAAUGAUGAGCCCUUUGGCCAGCGGUAA